UUGAAUAUAAAUAUGACAAAUACACCAGCUCUUUCCACUUUCCCAUUUCCCUCCCAACGCGCUUUCGUCAUGUCAAAUCCUUCCCGUUCUGCUCUUGUACCCAAGAAAGGCUCCAAGAAGGCCAUCGCCAAGGUGCAGAAGAAAGGUGGGAAGCAGCGUAAGCGUGGCCGCAAGGAAAGCUACUCCAUCUACGUGUACAAGGUGCUGAAGCAGGUGCACCCCGACACUGGCAUCUCCUCCAAGGCUAUGGGCAUCAUGAACUCUUUUGUCAACGACAUCUUCGAGCGCAUAGCCAGCGAGGCCUCCCGCUUGGCGCACUACAACAAGCGCUCCACCAUCACCUCGCGGGAGAUGCAGACGGCCGUGCGCCUGCUGCUGCCCGGGGAGCUGGCCAAGCACGCCGUGUCCGAGGGCACCAAGGCCGUCACCAAGUACACCAGCUCCAAGUAGAGCGCGCCCGCCGGCAGCCGAGCGUCGGAACUCAGAGGCUCUUUUCAGAGCCACUUCAUGCUCAAAAAGGAGCGUGCAACCUAGUUUGGUUGUGACGUUUGUC